UCAAGGAUACCUUUCCCAGUGCUGGGCCUGUUCUCAGCGGGAUCGCACCACAGCGUCUAGACCGCAGCGCGCGGCGACAUAGUGGAUUCAAGUGAAAACAGUGAGGUGUGUUGGUACAUUUUACUAGCUGCUCUAACACUUGUGACCGUUUGUUUUCAGUGCACGAGAAGAAAGGGUCACUGUGUGACACGGAUGUGCUGUAGUGUUUACACGUGUGAUAAAGUGUCACUGACUAACGGUCGGACCUCACCUUACCUGUUCGUUCCGGUUCAAAGAAUUCAGUGAGUGUUGAUCAGACGAUAGCGGGCACAGCAGUCUGACACGCUUUACUUUACAACACACAUAGUUGACAAUAGUUGAUAGUUGACUUAUUCACAUGUUGAAAAAAUCGGAUUAUUUCUGGUUCAUAUUUUGAGAAAAUAAGUGGUCACCGCACCAUGUAGCGGUCAAGCUACACGAGAGCUCCAAGUUUGCUGACCACAUCAGACAGGUGCCUGCAUGACGAGGAAGAUGAAUCUGUUCGGCUGGCGGAAGAGCGUCAGCAUCAGCGAGCAGGACCCCACCUUCAAAGUGCGUUACCUUGGUAACGUCCAAACCGCGGUCAUGAAAGGUGAAGGCUGCGCAGACCGCGCCACGAGCAUCAUAUGGAACAAUUACAUGCGGAGUGAGCAUCCGGGUAUCGAAAUGAAAAUUGUAAUCACCGGAUCGGGUAUGAAAGCGUACACAAAAGAGCAGGGAUUAACCGAGUAUCGAGCCCACCGGAUAUCGUACUGUAUCGCCCACCCCGACUACCCCAAGCUGUUUGUUUGGGUGUACCGUCACGAGGGACGGAAAAUGAAACUGGAACUUCGCUGCCACGCGGUCAUGUGCAAAAACGAGGCCAAGGCCAAAACAAUGGCGCUGCAGCUCCACCACAAGCUGAGCUCCGCGCUAAAAGAGUUCCAGCGCGAACAACUGAGGAAACAAACCUCCAGGCUAACUUUCCAGCGCACCAAAAACCUGCCCAAGAAGAGCAACAUUCUACCGCUGAGAACACAAAUGCUGAGCACGGCCAACAACUUCAGACCGCCCGUCUCUAAAUCUCAGACGGCGCCAAAGCUGGGCGCCAUCACGGAGGACGAAGAAGAAGACGAAUGUGUAGAGGAGGAGGAAGAAGACGAAGAGGUGAACCAGAUGGUGACGAAGAUGAGCCGCGGGCUGAAUGGGAUCAACAUCAACAACAACAAUGACGGCGACGACGAGAGCCUGCUGUCUACCCCCGCCAGUGCUGGCCCCUCACCCCCCAGACUCCUCCACAAGGGCGCGGAGCACCACGGGAUUCUGGCGGCCCUCGACCUCGAGUCAGCCGAGGGCUCAGACUUCUUCUCCUCAGAGCCCAUCAUAGACCUUGAGAUCGGCAACGACCUGGAGGAGCUGAGGCGGGACGACGGCGUGCAGUACUGUCUCCAUGAUGGCGCCGACUCUGACGAAGAGAGCGCCGAGUCGGGCUUUCACGACCAGGAGCAGGAAGUGGCCGAGGGCGAGAAAGUGGCCGAGGGCGAGAAUGUGGCCAAAUUAAAGAGCAAAUGUGUCCCCGUUGAGGAGGACAAUGUUAGCGUGUGUAAGCUGCCCUCGUUGGAGGGGGAGAGCUCACUCAAGAAUGACGUCACUGAGUAUACAACUUUAUAACGCAGAUUUCAAUCACACUGUUCUGCUAUUUUUUUUUUCUUGCAACAUUCCACUUGAUACCCUACUUACAGAAUCUUUACUUAGAGACUGUGAAACAAAGCCACCCUUUAAAAUGUGUUACUGUCAGGUGCUGCUAUGGUUUAGUAAAACACAUGGUGGGAUACAAAAAAGAUAUUCCUUGAACCAAAGAACCUCACAAUAGCCAUGUCAGCUGACACACAAUAGCCAGUUGACCACACAAAAGCC